AUGCAAAGCUUCAUCCAGUGCAGAGAACUGGAGCAUUUGCGUAGACAGUCUGCGCUGCCUCUAACGGACACACGGCGAUUUCAACCGGUGAAGUUUGUUGUUAUUGCUUUUUCGUCCCGCUCCCGAUCAAUCCGCCUGCAAAGCGUCAACAAGGAGUAAGGACGACCAACCACUGCCUGCCAGACUUGUGUCAUCAUCAGGGAUUUAAGCAUGGUGAUCAAAGUGUACAUAGCAUCGUCCUCUGGAUCUACUUCGAUUAAAAAGCAGCAGCAGGAUGUGAUGGGCUUCCUGGCGGCCAAUAAGAUCGAAUUCGAGGAGUGUGACAUCGCAGCCAACGAGGACAACAGGAAGUGGAUGAGAGAGAAUGUUCCGGAGGAGUCUCGGCCGACUACGGGGAACCCGCUCCCCCCACAGAUAUUUAAUGAAAGCCAAUAUUGUGGGAACUAUGAGGCCUUCUUCGAUGCCAGAGACAAUGCCGUGUAUGCAUUUCUGGGUCUGACUGCUCCCCCGGGCUCAAAGGAGGCCGAGGCUCUAGCAAAGAAAGCACAGCAGUAGCAGCUUUACAUCGUUUCUACCUGAUCCCUAAGGCCUAGACCUGGACCCAGACUAACCUGGAACUGAUCCAGGAAAAAAAAAAGAAGAAGCAACAUUUCACUCAGCUUAUAAAUAUGUGGAUGUUUUUUUUUUAAUUUACUUUUCCAGUAUGUUUUUUUUAUUUUUUAUUAAUUUGUGUUAAAGCUGUGCCUUGCCAGAUGUUGUGAAUGGAGGUGCUUCAGCAGAGCAUUAUGGGUAACUUUUAAACUGCUCUGCUUUCUCCUAUUAACCUCAGCCUGCCAGUCCUAUUGGCCUAAUGAAAUGUCAAUCAACCGUGAGCAUCAUUGUGUAGCCUCCUCCAUCAGACAAAACUAAAUAUACACACACUGAAAAUUGUUACCCAGAUUCAGGAUUUGGCCGACAGAUUGGCGACUUUGUUCCUCAUCAUCACAUUGCUUGAAUCCAUUAGGAUUAAUUCGUACUAGUGUUCGAAUCCUGGAAACAUUAAGUUCCAUGUUGUGCUCCUGCCAGUCAUGUUAUCGCCAAAACUGCAGCACCUUGUUUGAAAGUUCACUUUUACAAUUCCAUUCUCUUUGUUUUUAUUUACUUUGUAAUGUCUUAAUGCUGUUUUAAUGGCAAUCUUUUUAUACAAAAUGUUAAGAAAUUAUAGUACAAGCCAAAAUGACAAGUCUGAAAACAUGUGAGAUGAUGAAACACUUUGGUUUUUUUUUGGUUCUUGCAUUUGUUUAUAGGCGAGAGUGACGUCUGUUUUAGCUCAAAGCACCUUGUUUCACAUUGUGUUGGUAACUCCUGUCUUACUUACAUUGAUACCUUCCCUUAAAUAGAAUUUAAAGAAAAGACUGCAAUCCUCGCUCUCAGUGCACUGUGUUGGUUGUCAUGAAGUAAGUUUCAAUGACAGAGUCAAACUAAAUUGGACUGAAAUCUGCCUUCUCAUGAUAUACUGUGUUUUUUUUAAUGCACAAUAAACGAUAUAAACUUUA